GAUAAAAAAAUGCAGUUACAAUGGAAUAGGGAUAUGCAAUAUGCCCUGGGUUUUUCGAAGGUAUGCUGUCAAGUUCUGGGCAUCUGGCCAACUCAAUGUAAUGGAGUUCUACCUUUUCUACGACGUUUACUAUUGCUCAUCUCUCAGAUCGUCGCUUGUGUCUUUUUACUGGACAGAUUAAUCAGAUAUGGUAACUGUGGAUUAGCGACCCAUUUGAUAGAAGCAUGGUGUGGAAUUACGGGAUUCACGGGGACAGCUAUUAAGAUUGUGAUAUUUUCAGUUCAUAAAGAUCGUAUAUAUCGUAUUAUUCAGCUGGCAAUGCUAGACUGGGCUAAUGCUCGAGAAACAAGUGUUCGUCAAAUUAUGAGCCAAUAUGCUCAGAGGGGACGUAUAGCGUAUAUUGCUCAAAUUGGUGCUGCAGCUAUGAUUGUGUUUGAAAUUUCACUCACUCGACUUCCAUGUUUCACAGUAGAUUCAUUCGAAAACAAUUACUCCUCGACGAGAAAUCUUAUAUUAGGACCUCCCUGUUGGAUUCCUUCGACCAUGCCUGCCAGUUUAUACUUUGUGUACUAUUUUUCCACGUUCAUCGGUUUGUGGGUUAUCGUCUUCUUCUAUACCGGAUGUGAUGCAUUUAUGAUUGCUGCUGCGCUGCAUAUUUGUUGUCAGCUCGAAAUACUCAAUGCAAGUUUGGAAAACUUAAGUGAUGAAGAUAGUCAUACUCAUCAACGAUUCAGAAUUAAUGAAUAUUCGAAGCGACAUAAUAAAUUAUUGGUACUGGGCAAUGAACUUAACCACGCAGUUCAGUUGAUCAUUUUUGCGGACAUUUUCAGUAAUAUGUCUGUUAUCUGCAUUUCAGGGAUUGCAAUUCUUGUUAACGUCAGGAAUGAGAACAUGAACAACGAUAUUUUGAACCUUGUGCUGAGAAUGUGCCUUGGCUAUACAGGAUUAUUCAUGUAUAGCUAUGUUGGAGAAAAGCUCUCCUCCCAAGCUGACAAAUCAAGGACAAUUUUAUAUGCAUGUCCAUGGUACAAUAUGCCAAUGGACAUUGUUAAAGAUAUUGGAUUUAUGAUCAUGCGUAAUAAUUCAUUUUGUUACCUAACAAUCGGUGGAGUUUUUGUUAUGAAUUAUGAGAGUUUUAAACGUUUGACUAAGCUUAUGUUUUCAUAUUUCUCUGUUCUUAAGUUGAUGUUGACAUGACAGCAAUAUUUUUGACUUGUUUAAUACCGAAAUUGAUUCUGAUAGAAUGGCGGGAGGAAGAAAGAUAUAUUGCUUUUCAGCAAGGUGUCCCAGA